UUUAAUGAUACACAAGAUAAUAUUACAGAAGCCUUAGCCGAAGCAGAAAAAUUUACAUUAUCUCAAAAGAGUGUGCUAUCUUCUUUUCUAAUUUUUCUAACAGCCAACCCUUAUGCAAAUACUAACAAAUCAGGAAUGACUAAAACUGAAAUCAUGAAUUUGAUAAAAACUGCAAUGGCAUUCUCAGAGUCUCAAACGGCUCAACAAAAUACUGAUUUGCGGUCUACUAUUAAAUCCUUCCAAGAGACUAUGUCUCGAGCGACUAAAACUCUAGAUAAUAGUAAAAAAUCAUCUAAGAAGAGAGUGGAAGAUAUUGGUAUUAAUCACGUUUUGAGUGACUUAUUAAGAAAAAAUCCAGGUAAACACCCUGCUGAUGAAUAUGAUCAUGAUCCUAUAGAGGAUAUUUCAGAUAGUUUAGCAAGAUUAACAUUAAAUAGUAUCAUAAAAACUGCUAUUAAAC